AUGGCCCUAUGUGUGCGCUUUGUAGAUUCAGAGAGUGACGAGAUACACGAGGAGUUCCUCGGGUUCUCCCAAUGCGAGUCUACCACUGGAGAGGCAUUAGCUAAUGCAUUCAUUGAAAACAUCACUAAAUUAGGUGUCAAAACGGAUCAAAUGCGUGACCAGGGGUACGACGGUGCCAGCAAUAUGUCGGGCAUACAUCGUAGAGUGCAGGCGAGGAUUCGAUCCCUCAUACCAGAGGCGAUAUACACCCAUUGCAAAGCGCAUUGUUUGAACCUCGCCAUCAUCCAUGCAUCCAAAGAGGUUCAUGCCAGAAACCUUUUGAGUACGGUGCAACAGGUGGCAUUCGCCUUAAAUUAUUCCGCAAAACGCUUACUUCAAUUCCAAGAAACGCUUGCAGGAGAUGAUGUCAGCAGGGAAGGCAUGGCGGAGCGAACGCGACUCCGAUCACUUUGUGAGACUCGCUGGUCAGCACGUGCGGACGCUUUGCACACAUUCCUUGUAUCAUACAGGACCGUGGUAACGACACUCGACCGACUUGCCGAUGAAGGGGAUACGAAGGCUGCGGUACAUAAAUUGUCAGUUACGAAUUUCGAAUUUAUUGUGACCCUGGUGGCGAUUGAACAUCUUUUGUCAGCCCUAGUUCCACUGUCUAACAUGCUACAGGCGAAGGACUGUGACUUGCUUCAUGCAGCUAACGACACACGGGUCGUUAUGGUUCUUCUUCAGGCGGAGAGAAAUGACGAUGAAGUCUGGAACAGCCUGUUUCAGAAAGCGGUGGACAUUGCUGGUGACGUUGAAGUCAUACCCGCCGCUCCCAGACGUUAUGGCGUCAACAAAUUCGACCGAACGCCCCAGGCA